GAUAGGUACAGUCGCAUCCAAUUGAAACGGUUUGAAUAAAUUCAUAAACUUUCGGUUUCGAUCGGAUCAUGUCCUCCAAGCUGCUUAGCUACUUAGCUAGUUAGUUAGUCGUUUAGUUAGUUAGUAAGAGUCGAGCAGCGUAGAAGGAGGCCGAGGACAACGGUUUUUUUGGCGCACUUAGCCAAAAAGCAACGCGUUUGCUCCGUGUGCAACGAAUCAACACAACUUUACACUACAUACCAUACACAACACACAGCACACAAGACCCUACACCGUUCACAACAGGACACGAAUCGAAAGGAACCCCAUACCAUGCCCAUACACUGGGACUGGGAUUGGGAGCACGAGCACGAGCACGAACACGGCGGAGCUCCUUUUCACUGGCCGCCGAGGAGGCAUUGGUCAACGGGCGAGCCGAAAUGCCGCCAGCGUCGCUACCAUCUCUCCCACGACAUGGACGUGUGCGCUCGGGAUUUCCAUCUGAGGGUGGACGACAGCGCCUGGUGUCACGGCUCGUGCCUGGUGGGCCGUGUGGUCAUUGAGACGGGUACAGAGCCUGACUCGCUGGGUCGGGGUACAUUCAAGGUGGUCUUGGACGUGCAUCACUUCCAGUUGGCAGAGCUCACGGUGAAGGCCAAGAACAGCGACACCAUCUGCGUGGAGGGCAAGCAGGCGGACGAUCGAGCCGAUAAGGGGCAGCUGUGCAUUACACGCGAGUUUACGCGAUGCUACAAGCUGCCCCGGCACUACGAUGCCACACAGGCGCGUGCCACAUUCUCGGCGGACGGCAUACUUAUGGUAACGGUGCCAGCACCACCCAAACUGGACGACGUGGAGCGUGUGGUGGACAUUGAGCCCACUGGCAACUACUUUGGCAGCAUUGCGGAUCCCAGUGCAUCCAAGGCCAUUGAGCAGCAGGCAAUUGACGAUUCAGCUGAUGGUGGCGAGGCUAAUCCUGCUGGCACAGCGACGGACAAAUGAAGCUGGCGACGUCUGGCGGUCGCGCGUACCUGGCGCCCACUCUGCAAGUGGAAGAAGCGUCUCCUGGGACGCGUGAAGACCGUCAGAGGCGGUCGUUGGACUUGAAUGAAGCAAAACACAAGUAUGACGAGCAUUUGGAUGUAAUAGAUGUAGCUGAUGCAAUGUCACGAAGACUUGACAUAGCCAAUGCACCUCUGCACCUGCUGGUGCCAGUAACUAGACUCACAAUCCUUAUUAUAAACUAUCCGAGCAAAAGUUAGUUAGUUACUUCGUUCUUGUUACAAAACACAUAGUCAAAUUGUUGAAAACGUUAACAAAUAUGGCCCCUAGAAUCUAUAACUAUAACUUUGUAUUUCUUAAGGAUUUAUGUCUUUGCUACUUUGAUUCUGCUUAAUGCCAAUAAAGGACUUUAUCGUAAACACUCUAAAAACGGACAGUCUCUACACAAUUAAUUUGUUUAUAG